CUUUGCUUGACGCAGCAUUGGUUUACUUAACACAUACUGUCAAUGUGUUGCAACCAGAUGCUCUUCAUAAAAAGGCCACGAUUAAAGAUAGAUCAGUUAGUAUUGGAGUGAUAACAGAUGAACAGAUCUGGAAGCUAAGAAGCUAGAACUAGAAGCUGGAUUUGUGUUAAUUUUUAUUUGAUUUUUUUACUAAUAAAUGUUUUUCUUCUUCUUUUAUAGAAAGUUUUUUCAGAUUUGAAUCGAUUAUUUAAUUUCAUUCGAAAGCUACAACCUUUCAAACAGCAUGGAAAAAAACUCAAGGAGUGAUAUAAAAGGUUCUCAGCACCAUUUGGGAGAAAAGCAGGCACUCCAAGACUCCGGAGGACAACCGAAUGGCAGUCCUUUAAUUGAAAACAAUAGCAUGGAUUUUAUAGCCACAAAAGUGAAAGAAAUCAAUUUAUCACAUGAUUCCGGGAUAACAAGUCCAUCUGGAGAUGUGGCUGCUGAGAAAUCAAGGAAGUUGAAAACAGAAACAUUGUCCGAAACAAUCAGUAAAAAUGAGGAAGCAUCUUCCAAGAGUUUUGAGGAAAUUGCGGUUGAUGCAGGGGAGGUGUGCUUGGCUCCAGCCGACCAGUACUGGAGUGUGACAAGGGACAAGGCAGUGAAGCUAAGAAUGGAUGAGUCGGGUAAAGGUGCUGAGCCUCCUCUUACCAUCCAUCAAAUGUUCCAGUGGACUGUGGACAAUUUCGGAAAUCACCCUGCACUCUGCUCAAAGGAGAAAGGAACCUGGGUUUCAAUUACUUACAAACAAUAUCAGCAGAAGUGUCGAGCUGCAGCCAAAAGCUUUCUCAAGUUGGGGCUGGAGCGGUUCCAUGGUGUUGGCAUUCUGGGAUUCAAUUCUCCUGAGUGGUUCAUUGCAAACAUCGGUUGCAUCAUGGCAGGAGGCCUUGGUACUGGAAUCUACACCACCAACUCUCCAGAAGCCUGCCACUAUGUGGCUUACAACUGCGAAGCCAAUGUUUUAGUGGUUGAAAAUGACAAACAACUAGCAAAAAUCCUUCAGAUUAAAGACCAACUACCACAUCUGAAAGCAAUCGUUCAGUACAAGGGAGAAGUGAAGAAUAAGAUGCCAGACUUAUACACGUGGUCUGAGUUUAUGAAACUUGGGGAGGAGGUUUCAGACGCUCAGCUGGAUGAAGUAAUUAACAGUCAGAAGGCUAAUGAAUGCUGCACCCUCAUCUAUACUUCAGGAACCACAGGAAACCCUAAAGGAGUUAUGCUCAGUCAUGACAAUAUCACAUGGAUCACCAGUGCAGCGGGGUCUGUGUUUAAUCUGAACAAUGGGGAGGAUUGUCUAUUGAGUUAUCUACCCCUCAGUCACGUGGCUGCCCAAGUAAAUGACAUGUGGACUGCUCUUAAAUUUGCAGCCACCACCUAUUUUGCCCAACCAGAUGCACUGAAGGGUUCUUUGCUCACUACGCUGAGAGAAGUGCGUCCUACAAGCUUCCUGGGUGUUCCACGUGUGUGGGAAAAGAUUCAGGAAGGAAUGAAAGACAUCGGUGCAAAAUCUUCAUUCUUGAAAAAGAGAAUUGCAAGUUGGGCUAAGGAAAUAGGUCUUCAGGCCAGCUACAAUGCAAUGAACAAUAAUCCAUUAGUGCCCUGGGGCUUUACUUUGGCUGAUACCCUGGUCUUUAAGAGAGUACGUGCUUCUCUUGGGCUGGAUCGUUGCAAGCACUGCUUUACAGGAGCAGCACCAAUCACCAAGGACACACUGGAUUACUUUUUGAGUCUGAACAUUCCUAUCUAUGAGCUGUAUGGAAUGAGUGAGAGUACCGCCCCUCACACUGUAUCCUGGACUGGCAACUUCCGUGUUACAAGCUGUGGAAAGGUGAUACCAGGCUGCAAAACAAAGCUGUACAAGCCAGAUGCAGAUGCCACUGGGGAGGUGUGUUUAUGGGGCCGUCACAUCUUCAUGGGCUACCUGAACAUGCCCGAUAAAACCAGUGAGGCACUGGACUCAGAAGGCUGGCUGCACUCAGGAGAUCUUGGAAAGCAUGAUGAAAAUAACUUUCUUUACAUCACAGGCAGGAUAAAAGAGCUGAUCAUUACUGCUGGAGGAGAGAACAUCCCUCCAGUCCCCAUUGAGGAAGCAGUCAAGGAGGAAAUACCAAUCAUUAGCAAUGCCAUGCUGGUGGGGGACAAAAGGAAAUUCCUCUCCAUGCUUCUCACUGUCAAAUGUCAGGUUGAUGACAAUGGAGACCCCACAGACGAGCUGACCGCAAUGGCCAAGCAGUUCUGUAGGCAGCAUGGCGUCAUGGCAAGCAAAGUUUCAGAGAUCACUGGCAACAAACAGAUUUACAAAGUCAUCCAGGAUGGUAUGGACAAAGUCAAUGCUAAGGCUGUAUCAAAUGCUCAGAAGAUACAGAAAUGGAUGCUCCUAUCACAUGACUUUUCCAUUACUGGAGGAGAGCUUGGUCCUACUAUGAAGCUUAAAAGGCCAGUCGUCGCGAAAAUGUACAAAAAUGAAAUUGACAAUUUUUAUGAAGCAUAACCUAUCAACCAACUGUAACUAAUCAAGUUUACUAAUUUGACUUGAGGAUAAUAUAAGCAAUUUAAUCAAAUCAUGUGUCGGCUUUUUCCUCACUCUACCACAUACACAACUAACAGGCAUGCCUCUCUCACCUCAACGCAUCCCCAUUGGUAUAUAUUCUGCUGCUUGCACUGUACAUACUAAGGUCUCUGCAUUAACCUUUAUUAACUUACUGAACCUGUGCAAUAUUUUACCACUUAAAUACUGCCUUAAGCUGCCUAAUUUUUUUCUCAGAUGACAUAAAGUGCUAAACCAUUGAUGUGUAUCAAGUAUAUGUAUAUUCUUCACAAAAAUAAAAGAAUCAUGAAUCUUG